AUGCAAUUUAAAAAGGGGUCGGAGUUGAGGUUAAGGAAGAGUGGAGUGGGUCCUGGACGAUUUUCAAUUCUUCAAGUGCAUGCUCAUAAUGCAUCUGAACAGUACAUGGGAGAGGUAAAUUUCAGACCAUGGGCCAUCCCGAACACGGUGGAUGUCAUGCCAAGUUCCAAGCAAGGUUCCUUGAUUGCAGAGGCCGAAGGGCUUUCAUUGGGACGUGCAUACAAUAUCCAUGAAUGUGUGGAGGAAUUGACAACAACAGGCAAUAGUAAUCUAGCUAACUUUAACACACGUAGUGGAGAGUAUCCUUACAAAUUCGUACAGAUUGGGAGAAUUGAAAAGCAACCGACAUUUCAUUAUCGAGAAUUUAACUUUUUGAGCGUGGACACUGGUUUGAAAUCUCCCUCGAUCAAAGUUAAGGAAGUUCAGGAACAGCCGUAUGUUCAAUUUAAUGUCUAUCUCAUGGAUCAGAAUAUGACAACUUACCCAGUCUUGACUCUUGCCAAUAUACAACGAAAGAAUAAGGAGGAAUGGAUCAUCCUUGUGAAGGAAGACACUCCCUCUCUGUUGGAUUUUAGAAAUAUUUUCGUCCUUGUUUCAUGGUUAUCAAAGUGA